GUUCGGUUAUUCAAAGCGCGCUCUGUGAAAUGUGUCUCAGGUGCUCGAGCAGAAACGCACGCCUUGGAAUUGCGGUGCUCUCCCUGAUCGUCUCAAUGGUAGUCAUUGUAUUCGUGGAGGGUCUGCAACACAAGCAGGAUCAGCUGUUUAUGAAUCAUAUAUGUCUGCUGCAGGUUUUUGCCAGCUUGCUGCUAUUUGUGGGUUCCAUUAAAUGUAAUCGCUGGUACUUUACGCCUUGGCUGCUUAUCGCUGCUGUUUUUGUAUAUGCUUUAGUCUAUAAAAGUCUAUACUAUUGGUUCCACAUACUGCGCUAUACGAAACAUUCCCUGCUGAUCAUUUCGUUGCUUUACACCAUAUCAGGUUUCUGGUGUUAUUUUAUAAACGCUGUCUUGCAGGAUUUUCAAGAAAUGCGACGAAACCGCAAGACAAAUGCUCAUAAAUAUGUAUAUAAUCAGAUAGUUGAAAUUGUAUAA